GCAGACCUUUGCGAGUCGCGUCGUACGCUCCGCCGGACCGGUCAAUUUACGUGGUGAUCGUCACGGUCUUGCCGCGGCUUCCGCGGGAAACAACAGUUUUCAGGAGGAAUCACUACGGAUGCGCCGAUUUAUUAUCAGCGCAAUCGAUUACGUCUGAGGCUCCCAACUCCUAUUACAAUCAUCCGCAACGAAACUAGAAAACUUCAUGAACUCAAGAUCAAGCUCAAGGACUUCGAGCAUCGGAAACCACGAGAAAAUUCAAUCGGCAAAGCCUCGAUUGAAGAUUAAAGUCGAGAUCGUCGCUCAGUGAUCGCAUUUAUCAACAAGCUGGAUUCCCUGCACAGUGCCGAGUCGUCUGUGGUCGAAAGUGUUUACUCACCGGGAUGAUAACCACGUGGUUUUAGAUGCAACAAGAUCGAGAAAUCUUUCAGAUCAUUUGUAUUCUUUCAAAUUCCAUUGGAUCGAUCGAUCGAUAACAACAUAGUGACGAUCUCUCGUGAAGUCGGUUGUAACGCGCAGAGAUUGGAUGUCUCUGCAUCUCUCGAUGGUAGAUUUUAACUGUCGCGGCUGAACGAAAUUUGACAGUCUUCGUGCAACAUGGCUUUACUAAGUUACUCUUGGGUCCUGCUACUACCAGCUUUAACAUACGUUCAGGGAGACCUUAGAACAUCAGUGCAGGAUUUAAAAGUAUACCUUAAUCAGCAGACCUCGUUCAACUUAUCACUCAUCACGGAAGAGUUACCUGACAAAAAUGCAAUCAUUAAGAUAGAUGUGCAGCAUCCCGAUCUGCUGUCUGUACACCCAUUGAACAUUUCUAUUAAAGAGGAAAGAGAGUGGAUUAUUUAUGUUAAAGGCCUGAGUGCAGGCCACUCAAUUGUUAACGCUAAUAUAUCUCAUAAUAUCACGGAUUUCUCCGAAGCAUUUGUUAGAGUGACAAUAGAAAAAUCAGAUGCGCUGUAUCAUGUCAGUGCUGUGGUUGGGUGGAUAUACUUUGUAGCGUGGAGCGUAAGCUUUUAUCCACAAAUCUAUAUUAAUUAUAAACGCAAAAGUGUCGUGGGUCUUAAUUUUGAUUUCCUGUCGCUAAAUGUUGUCGGUUUUCUUAUGUAUGCACUGUUUAAUUGCGGUCUCUACUGGAUACCUGAGAUUGAGAAACAAUAUUUCGAACGGUAUCCAAAAGGCUUGAAUCCUGUACAAAUCAAUGAUAUAUUUUUUUCGUUACACGCAGUAUUUGCUACUACAGUAACUAUCGGACAGUGUUUUAUUUAUGAGAUUGGCAAUCAAAGGGUAUCAACGACUGCGCGUAUUAUUCAUGGGAUAUUUGCGCUUUUUAUACUAAUAUCUUUGAUAUUAUCUUGCGUCAAGACAAUCCAGUGGCUAGAUUUCCUCUACUACUGCAGCUAUGUUAAGCUCUGCAUAACGCUCAUUAAAUAUGUACCUCAAGCGUUUUACAAUUAUAGAAGAAAGUCCACUGUCGGCUGGAGUAUAGGAAAUAUAUUCUUAGAUUUUACUGGUGGAAUUUUAUCGAUGCUACAGAUGAUUCUCAACGCUUACAAUUACGACGAUUGGGACAGUAUUUUCGGAGAUCCGACUAAAUUUGGUCUUGGAUUCUUUUCUGUGGCAUUUGAUAUAUUUUUCAUAAUACAGCACUAUGUCUUAUACAGGAAUCCUGACGCUAUACGGUUAAUACAAUAAAAGCAAAAAUAGCAUCUUGCAGACUAAGUUUUUUAGAUCUAAUGAUUGUAUAUAUUAACAUUUGUAUGGAGAUUUUUUGUAUUGCAUUUUAAUUAUAUGCUAACAUUUAGAUAUUAAUUUCAUGAUAUUAUUAAUUGCUAAUAUAACAGCUAGCUUAAUUCCGUAGUUAGUUUAGUUAUGUUUAGUUUUGUAUGUAUUAAUAAUACACACAAUGAGAGAAGACGUUACACAUUCUUGUACGAGAAUAGAAUAUCCAUUUAUGAUGGAUUUCCUGUUACUCGCAUAUAUGUAUGUUGCCAUUUCGUCUUAUCUAUUUAGUGAGCUAUGCAAUUGUAGAUGUGACGUAGAGCAAGACUUUGAUUUUACAGACAUAGCGAUCAGAAGGUGAUUGACCUGAAUGGCAGAAUAUAGCGACUCUUCGACGAGGACUUAAUUCCCCCCCCCCCCAAAUCCUUUCCUGGUGUAUAUUUUAUACAGAUGUUUUUAUAUUCACACAUCUCUGCAUGAAUAUUUUUUCAUUUAUCAUUAUGUGUACAUAAAAUAUAAUAAAAGGUAGAAUAUAAAGUCUAAACGUGCAAAAUAGUAGUAUGCAAGCAUAUGCAUUAAAAGAUACGCACGUUUUUAUAUAUUCAAUUUUUUUUUAUUUAAUAUAGAUAUUUAUUCUGAAAAAAUGCAUUUUGUAAAAAUAUAUUUUAUAAAAAAAUUAUCUAAGUAAAAGGUUUGUGUGUUGUGUAUGACUGCGCACGCAAUAUAAACAUUUUUUUACUUUUAUAAUUUUUAUUAAUUAAUGUUAUUUAAUUUUAAGCCAAAACGUAUAUGAGAAUCGAUAUUAUUAUAGCUAUGAUAGAGAAUUGUUUGUAUUUUCUCUAAACGUUAUUUUAAAUAUGAUUGUUGACUGUUAAAAUUAGGAAGAUGGUACAAAUUAUUGUCGUAGGGACAUAAUGAAUAAUUCUAACGCGAAUUGAAAUAUUACUGCAAACAGAAUUAAGCGGAAUAAUACAACCUGGGGAAGUUUGCACGAAUAAAUUAUGCUUGAUAAUGUUGCCAGUAAAAUAUAGAUAAUCAAGAGAGUCGUAUUUAGUAAAUUAUAUUGCAUGUAAAAACACUAUAUUAGAAAAAGGAUAAUAUAUAGACGUGAGAAGAUUUUUUUAAUGUAGCUAAAUUUUUGUCAAGGAAAUCAGAGUUGUUACAAUAAAAAUAACAUUUUAUGGAGCCGGUAUUAUCUCGAUAUGAGGUUCCAUAUUUUCAUUAUUUUCACACGGUU